CUCAGGGCUGCCCACUCCUCUUUUGAUCUGCUCGGGAGGGAGAUGGGUCCCAGCAGGGGCCUGGACUACAUCUCCCAGAGUGCCUGGCAGAGUGGUGGCCUCUGUACGCCACUGUACGCCAGUUACAAGCGACUAUGCAGCGGGCAGCAAGCAUGGUGGCCCGUGUAGGCUUUCGUCUGCAGUCACUCCCCUUGGCCCUGGGUCGUCAGUUCAGUUGUGCGCAGGAUGUGCUUCGCAAGACACCACUCUAUGACUUUCACCUGGCCCACGGUGGGAAAAUGGUGGCGUUUGCGGGUUGGACUCUGCCUGUGCAGUACCAGGACAGUCAUAUUGACUCACACCUGCACACACGCCGGCACUGCUCGCUCUUUGACGUGUCCCACAUGCUGCAGACCAAGAUAUUUGGUUGUGACCGGGUUAAGCUGAUGGAGAGUCUAGUGGUUGGAGACAUUGAAGAGCUAAGGCCAAACCAGGGGACACUGUCGCUGUUUACAAAUGAGACUGGAGGCAUCUUAGAUGACUUGAUUGUGACCAACACAUCUGAGGGGCACCUGUAUGUGGUAUCCAAUGCUGGCUGCUGGGACAAGGACUUGGCUCGCAUGCAGGACAAAGUCACGGAGCUUCAGAAAAGGGGCAGUGAUGUGGGUCUGGAAGUGGUGGAUAAUGCUCUGCUAGCCCUGCAAGGCCCCACUGCGGCCCAGGUGCUACAGGCCGGUGUGGCAGACGACUUGAGGAAACUGCCCUUCAUGACCAGUGCUGUGAUGGAAGUGUUCGGCAUGUCCGGCUGCCGUGUGACCCGCUGUGGCUACACAGGAGAGGACGGUGUGGAGAUCUCAGUGCCGGCAACAGGGGCAGUCCACCUGGCAACAGCUCUUCUAGAGAACCCGGAGGUGAAGCUGGCAGGGCUGGCGGCCCGGGACAGCCUACGCCUGGAGGCAGGCCUCUGCCUGUAUGGGAAUGACAUUGAUGAACACACUACACCUGUGGAGGGCAGCCUCAGUUGGACAUUGGGGAAGCGCCGCCGAGCUGCUAUGGACUUCCCUGGAGCCGAGGUCAUUGUUUCCCAGCUGAAGGGCAAGGUGCAGCGGAGGCGUGUGGGGUUGAUGUGUGAGGGGGCCCCAAUGCGGGCACACAGUCCCAUCCUGAGCACGGACGGUACCAAGAUUGGUACUGUGACCAGUGGCUGCCCCUCGCCUUGCCUGAAGAAGAAUGUGGCAAUGGGUUAUGUGCCCUCUGAGUACAGUCGGCCAGGGACACUGCUGCUGGUAGAGGUACGGCGGAAGCAGCAGAUGGCUGUGGUCAGCAAGAUGCCCUUUGUGCCCACGAACUACUACACCCUCAAGUGAGGACAGUUCAGGCAGGGCCCUCCCCUUCAGGAGUCUUGCACUGGAGAGCAUUCUUCAAGGGGAUAGUCAGGAAGCUGAGGCAGAACUCACUAGGGGUGAGUGGUGAGGGUAGAGGCUGGAGGCUGGCUCUAGUUGUCUGGUUGAGGGGGCCAUACCACCUGUUUCCCCCACCCACCCACUCCAACUUUAGGACCCCAUUUCUGAGUGAUGGACCAGCUCGCCCAAUGUCCUGUUUCAGUCCACCAUCCCACUGACCCCACUCUUGCCUACUGGAUGGCAAUGAUAAGCACUGGUUCUGCCACCUCUCACUCUGCCAGGUGCUAGCUGUGGAUAAAAGGCUCUCCUUUGUGAGGAGGAUUAAACCUUCCCAACCUACCUCACCACAGUUUCUCAUCUUCCAAAGGGUUAUUACUAUGGGCAGCGUGAGCUUAGGCCACCCCCUUGAAUUUGUUUUCCACAAAUGCAAACUGCUGCCUGUCCCUGGGCAGGAAUGAUUCCUGACUUACAGAGGGUUAACUCAGUAGGGCUGCUGUGCUCAUGUGUAAACUUGGGGAUGGCUGAGGGGGCAUGGACUAACUCUUCCAUAUUCCUGAGUCGAUCUAGCCUGCCACCCAGUAGCAAACCAUGGUAGGCUCACCACCUGUUCUGAGCCUCAGGGCUGUUGUAGGGUAGGCUGGCCUCCUCCUGGACUUGCCUUACCCUGGCUGACCGUCACUCCUUGGCCCAUUACUGGACUCCAUUGACUCCUGAAAAAAAUUAAACAAACUUCCUUCCUUCGUA